CAGGGCGGGAGAGGCGCGAGGGGGUGCGCGGGGGAGGGAGAGCGCCGGAGCCUGCGCGCGCACCGUUCUCGCGUCAGUCGCUGGGCGGCGGUAGCCGGCGCACGGUCGAUAUCGCCUGGCCAUGCUGCCUGCACGCGCUUCCGCGCUGUGAAGAGACCAGAGGUCAGUGACAUGUGUGUGUAACAGGGUCAACUCAUCAUGUGCCUUGGGGAACCUGUACCGGUUGUAAUGCGAAUGCUGCUUUCAUAGGAUUUUUUUACAAUAAUGCGGCAAUCCAAUGGAGUCUAGCUUAGGCAAAACUAAAGCCGAUUCAUGUCAGGCGCUGAUUUCCAACGCUAUGCUAACUUUACGUGAGGGGUACGGCGGGUGUGGGCGGCGGCGCGGCGCGGGCGGGGCGGGGUCGCGCGGCAUGCGGCGGCGCCCGCUGCUGCCGCUGCUGCUGCUGGCGCUGCUGCGCGCGCACGGCCUGCUCGCCGCCUCCGGAGAAGCUGAUUACACACUGGACGAUUCAUUUUGGAAUGAAGAAAGCCCAGUCGGUGAAGUCGAGCGGCUGCUACGCGAGUACCGACAGAACCAGGAGCUAGUGCGCAACAUCGGUGCCCACUACUACCAGAUCAUCUACCCAGUACAGCUGCGUCAUCACGAGAAGAUGGGCAUUUCCACGCGCGAGGUCAACGCGCAGAAGGGACGCGGCUAUGGUUCAGACUACCAACAGGGCACUCGGUCGCGUGCUAGGACUGGCAAACACUUUCACCGGACUUCCCUUCUCAUCAAAGCUUUCAACCACAAGUUCAGAUUAGACCUCGAGCUUAACACGCAACUGCUAGCACCUAACCUGAAACAAACACACUUCCUGUCCAACGGCGUUGAAACUGAAAUAAGACAAGAAAUCGAGCACUGCUACUACCACGGCACAGUGAAAGACUACCCGGGCGCGUCGGCGGCGUUCCACACUUGCAACGGCGUAUCUGGCGUUAUACACAUCGGGAACGAGACUUUCGUUAUACACCCCUUCUACGGAGGAGAUCUCUCGAAACACCCCCAUGUCAUCUUUGAGGCGCGAACGAAGGCGAACAAGGGUUGUGCCAACAAGCUCGAAUACCGCCCGAAGAGCCGCCGGACCAAACAUGUCUCGUUCGUCGAGACGCCGAUGGCUGAUGACCCUAUAGCUGUCGUAGAAAGAACGCCCCGCUCAAAAGAGGGCGACUGGCGGUGGUGGAAAGACGCCGGUCUUCGGGAGCUGAAGCGACGCAGAAGAGACGUCCGAGAGACAACGAAGUACAUCGAGACGGCGCUCGUGAUCGACCGCGCGAUGUUCGAGCGACGGAACGGCAGCACGCGCUCAGAAGUCGUGCAUGACGCCAUACAAGUCGCCAACAUCGCGGACUUGUAUUUCCGUACACUAAACACGCGGGUGUCCCUGGUCUACAUCGAGUCGUGGCAGGGUGGUGACCAGGCGGACAUAGAGCGCAAGCAGGACAUCACACGCGCCAUACUUAAGUUCAACGACUACACGUCGAGAAAGCUCUUCAAGAUUGAGAAGGACACCACGCAGCUUCUCACUGGUCUGUCAUUCCCCGGUGGAGAGUCCGGCAUCUCUGUACCAGAUACGGUGUGCACGCCCAAGUCAGUGGGCAUCUCCGUCGACACUAACACGUACGAGCCGCAUCUGCUCGCCGGAACGAUGGCACAUAUGAUCGGACAUAACAUCGGAAUGGGUCACGAUGACGGCCGCGAGCAGUGUUUCUGCCGGGACUGGCAUGGCUGCAUCAUGGCGCAGACCAUCGUCGGCCUCGAUCACGUACAGCCUUAUAAGUUCUCCGACUGCUCGAAGAAUGACUACAUCAACGAGCUCCGGAUAGGCCAAGGGCUGUGCCUGCUGAACAAACCUAAUGAGCUAAUCGUCCACCGCCAAUGCGGCAACGGGCGCCUCGACGAGGGUGAAGAGUGCGACUGCGGGGCUAUCGACGAGUGCCAAAAGACCAACCCCUGCUGCGACCCCAUCACCUGCAGGCUGACGAAGGAGGCGCAGUGCGCUUCGGGAGAGUGUUGUGAACAGUGCCAAUUGAAACCACGCGGCGUGACUUGCCGUGAUGCCGCCAACGAGUGUGACCUGGAAGAAACGUGCACUGGCCUGACUGGUGUAUGCCCCCCUGACGCGUACAGGAAGAAUGGAGAACUAUGCGAAGAAGGCAAGGGCUACUGCUUCGCGGGCACCUGCCCCACCCUGUCCACGCAAUGCGCCAACAUCUGGGGCCCGGGCACCACGGGCGCAGACAAGGAGUGCUUCGAGCAGUUCAACUCCAAGGGUGCCGUGACGGGGCAUUGCGGGAAGGACAGCAAUGGGUACAUCAAGUGUGAGAUGGAGAAUGUGAAAUGUGGUUCACUGCAGUGUCAACUGGGCAACCGAUAUCCCGUGGUGCAAGGCAUGGACGAGUACUACACAAGGACUGUUAUUACCAUUAAGGGCACUGAAUAUGAGUGCAAAGCUACGACCGGCCUGCCCGACCACCCUGAAAUCAGCCCGCUGGGUCUGGUGAGCGACGGCACCCCGUGCGGUGACAACCUCGUCUGCGUCAACCAGACUUGCACCUCCAUCUUCCCGUACAUCGACCACACCAAGUGCCCCAGCGGGCAUAACAACAACGAAUGCUCCGGGAAAGGGAUCUGCUCGAACGCGAACAAGUGCGUCUGCAACCGCGGCUGGACCGGCCCGGACUGCUCGCAGCCCGACGCCCUGCCCCCCACCCCCACCGCCUGGGUGCCCGACAACGCCACCAAGGCGGCCUACAACAUGACCAAGAAGGAAACACCGUAUGAGAACUACCACGGCUCGAACACGGUGUUCCUCGUGGCGGUGCUAAUGUCUGUGGUAGGGGGGGUAUUCAUAGUAUUUGCCCUGAGCGCUCUCUGCUACAGGUCAGUCGUAGUACACAAAAACUUCUCCCUGUGCCUAAGGAAAAAGAGCACCAUGCCGAAGUACGACCCGCCCUACGUGAAGAAACCGAUCGCGAAGAGUUUCGGCGCCGGCUCCACCACCAGCAACAACUCACAGGAAGACAUCUCUUUAGAAGGCGGAAAGAUGCACUCCUUCAAUAAUACCUUCAGAAAUCUCCUAAGCCGAGGUGACUCCCAGCGAGUAAUCUUCAGACACGGGAAUCACAUGUCGGGGCCUGGCAAUACUAGUAGAUAUCCAGAUCAUAAGCAAAUGAAACGUGUUCAUUCGGGUAGUGAGGAUGAGCCUACACAUUCAGGCGAAGAAGACAUCGCCUUCAUCGACGUGCAAACUAACUCGAUGGCCAAGGUGCCCGAGAAGGGCAUACUAAAGAAGCACGCCUACGGGGCGGUGGACGGGAAGGAUAAGUGGGGAGAUGAUAGUCAGAGCGAGCACCUGGAGGCGGGCUCGCAGUCUGAUGGCCAGGAGCCGGCUGGGGCGGUGGCCGAUAUGGAGUAUAAGUUUAAGGAUUUGAACGGCUACCACGAAGGUAUAAUCGUGGCGCUAAAGACUGCAGCAGCGCAACGCGCCAGCGCCGGUGGCUCCGCCGUCGGCUCCGGCGACCUGCGCGCGCUACAAGAAUAUGAAUACAAACGCGAACGCGCAUCCAGCGCGGAAAAGAUCCACGAAGCGGAACUUAGAAGACAGAGAGGCGGUGAAGAAGAGGAGGACGAUGCGCCCUCUUGUGGGCCCAUUAGGAUCAGGAAUUUGGAAGAUUUGAUAAGGCAGCUGGAGCACCACUCGAGCAGGCACAUGAGUCCGUCGGGCUCCGAGGAUAUAAGAAUGUCGGAGACUGAGGCUGAUAGGCAUUAUAGGAUCGAGCCUGGAGAAGUGCCAGCCAACCGCUGCCGCGGCCGAAUCCCCGGGGAGGAGGAAUCCCGCUUCGGCUACCCCCGCUUCCGCGGCAGCGGGCGGCACCACGCGCCGGCGCCGCUGUUCGCGGGCCACCUGCGCCCGCGCAGCCCGCACGCGCGCGCGCCGCCCGACGACGACGCGCUCUACGAGACGGCGGACGCGGAGCGGCUGAGGGACGCGCCCGACAGUGAGAGUGAUGAAUUUAUUCAAGCUCAACAACAGUUAGCCCGGUGGGCGAGUGAAGACGCGGUGCCGGCGGCGGCGCGAGACAGGGAGAGAGAAUACUUCCCGUCGCCCCCCGGCAGUUCCAGCAGCGACGCGACUAUCCGGCGCCCGCCGGCGCCCGGCGCGAGUGGCGCGUCGGGCGCCCCGGGCGGCCCGGCCGCGACACCCGCGUCGUCCUCCUUCCCCGAGUACAAGCACUGACCGCGCGCUGCCGCUGCCGCGCCACCGAGCUGUGACCGCGCGCACGCAUUCUAAACCUUUUAGACGUAGUGGUACGAGGUAGUCGCCUGCGCGGCGC